CCGGGAGAGCUACGUGCGUGUUGACGCCGCACGGCGCCCCGCCUUCUACGCACAGACGCCGAGAAGAAGGGGGUGUGGCCACGCUAGCGUCCGCGCCAUCAGGCCCGAGGUGGCGGUGAAACCUGUGUGCAGUGUAUGGUUUUCCCAGCCAAACGGUUCUGCUUGGUGCCAUCCAUGGAGGGCGUGCGUUGGGCCUUUUCCUGUGGCACUUGGCUACCGAGCCGUGCAGAAUGGCUGCUGGCGGUACGAUCGAUCCAGCCCGAGGAGAAGGAGCGCAUUGGCCAGUUCGUCUUUGCCCGGGACGCUAAGGCAGCCAUGGCUGGUCGUCUGAUGAUAAGGAAAUUAGUUGCAGAGAAAUUGAAUAUCCCUUGGAAUCAUAUCCGUUUGCAAAGAACUGCAAAAGGAAAACCAGUCCUUGCAAAGGACUCAUUGAAUCCUUACCCUAAUUUCAACUUUAACAUCUCUCAUCAAGGGGACUAUGCAGUGCUUGCUGCUGAACCUGAGCUACAAGUUGGAAUUGAUAUAAUGAAGACUAGUUUUCCAGGCCGAGGUUCAAUUCCAGAGUUCUUUCAUAUUAUGAAAAGAAAGUUUACCAACAAAGAAUGGGAAACAAUCAGAAGCUUUAAGGAUGAAUGGACUCAGCUGGAUAUGUUUUAUAGGAAUUGGGCGCUGAAGGAAAGCUUCAUAAAAGCUAUUGGUGUUGGACUGGGAUUUGAAUUGCAGCGGCUUGAAUUUGAUAUAUCUCCAUUAAACUUGGAUAUAGGCGAAGUUUAUAAAGAAACACGUUUGUUCCUGGAUGGAGAGGAAGAAAAAGAAUGGGCAUUUGAGGAAAGCAAAAUAGAUGAACACCAUUUUGUUGCAGUAGCUCUUAGGAAACCCAAUGGAUCUAGACACGAGGAUGUUUCAUCCCAAGAUGAUUCUAUACCAACCCAGAGGCAGUUUACUAUUCUUACCUUUAAUGAUUUAAUWUCAUCUGCUGUUCCCAUGACACCUGAAGAUCCUUCAUUUUGGGACUGUUUUUGCUUCACAGAAGAAAUUCCAAUCCGAAAUGGUACAAAGUCAUGAUAUGAUUCCCUACAUAAUAAAGGGAAAUGAAAAUUGUAAUCUUCCAUAUUCGCAGGAAAAAAAAUCAAUGCCUGAUCAAGUUUUAUUUCACAAAAACUUUUUUUUUUUUUAAACUGAAAACUUUUACUAUU